AUGAAAACUCAGGUCGAAGAAGUUGGAAGACUAAACGAUGAUAGGAUUAAUUCAUCUAGAGACAUUGAAAAAUUAGAAUAUGUUCAUGACGAGCAUUCAGUUUCUAAUGAGGACAUUGCUCCAGCAGAGCUCUCUACAGAUCAUUAUGAAUUUCUUAUGAAAAGACAUGGAUCUGUACAAUUAGAUCCACUCCCAUCAAAUGAUCCCUUGGAUCCUCUCAAUUGGCAAGAGUGGAAAAAGAACUAUGAAAUAAUUUUAAUAGCAUUUCAUUGUUUUGUAGUUACAUUCAUGGCAGCUGGUCUUGCACCUGCUUAUGAAGCAAUGUCAAUACAAUAUGGAAGAUCAAUGACAGAAAUUUCCUACUUUACGUCAGCUCAAAUUUUGUGCAUGGGCGUUCUACCACUUUUAUUUGUUCCAUUGAUGAACAUAUACGGACGGAGACCUUUUUUGAUGUUUUCAACUUUGGCUUGCUGUGCGUUGAAUAUUGGGGGAGGAUUUUGUGAAACAUAUUCACAGCAAAUGGCUACUAGGGUUUUGGUUUCUUGUGUUUUGUCAACGGGAGCAGCAGCAGGAUCGUGCAUAGUAGCGGAUACUUCUUUUAGCCAUGAGAGAGGUAAAAAAAAUGGGUGGUGGUCUCUAGGUUAUAUCCUUGGUACGCCAGGAGGACCUUUUUUUAUGGGAUUUGUUCAAAAACAUGUAGGUACAAUUUGGAUAUACUACACAUUUUCAAUAAUAAAUUUUGUACAAUUUAUUGCUUACUUAUUUUCAAGAGAGACUGUGUAUACCCGGAACGAAAGCUCAACAGAAUUAAAAAUUAAUACCUUCCAAAAAUGGCUGGGACUUUAUAAAGCAACUUACAUUCAAUUUAAAUGGAGUCUCUUUUGGAGCCCGUUUAAACAAGCACUUGAUUAUAGAGUUGUGUUGGUGACUAUUGCUGCAACUGUAACAUUUAGUUAUGCAAACAUCGUUCUUAUAGUUGAAACACCGCAAGUUUUUGGUCCAUUAUUUUUGCUUGACGCACAACAACUUAGCUUACAAUACAUUUCUCUUAUUAUCGGAUCUAUCAUUGGAGAACUACUUGCAGGUCCCCUCUCAGAUAGAUGGAUGAAGUUCUGUUUUAAAAAAAGAGGGGGUAAAAGAAUUAUUGCAGAUAGAUUAUGGAUUUCUUACUAUGGUUUCUUGUGUGUAAUUGUCGGAUUGAUUAUUUGGGGUGUUUAUUUAUUUAAAGCAGAAAGAGGUCAUUGGAUAAUUACACCGUUGAUUGGUGCCGCUAUUGCUGCUGCGGGCAAUAAUAUUGUUACUACAGUGUUAAUUGUAUAUGCUAUUGACACUAAUCCAGAAAAAGCUGCUGAUACUGGUUUAUUUCUAAGUGUCAUAAGGAUGACCUUCGGUUUCAUUGGCCCAUUUUAUUUCACUGACAUGUUUGCAAAACUUAAUUUGGCUGGAGCUUCAGGAUUGAUGGCAGGUGCUGUGUUUAUUUUCGGUGGAUUGGCUACGGGUGUCGUUCAUAUUCUUGGACUGAGGCCCUUUAAUAGUAUUAAGACACAGUAA